ACAAUUUGUUUUAGUGCCCUGGUCGUAUCGCUAUUCAUCAUGGAUGUAAAUCAGUUGGAAAGUUUGAUGCGAAAUCUAGUGAUAAAAGAAACACGCACCAACAGCUUGGAUCUGUUGGAGAGCAAACUUGCCGAUGUUGACCAGGAGGUUUACGAAGUAAUGCUGCGGUCGGCAAGUUUGUUCCAAUUUCUCGCUGAUGCAAGCAACGAUCAGUUCAACAUUGCGGCCAGAAUCAUCUACGACAAAGCACUAGAGUUCUUUCCGAAUGGGUCCAUCGUGGUCGAUCAGUUCAUUGAACGAUGUCUGACCCAUCCGAAGAACAACGUCAAGCAGUUCGGUUUGCGUGGUGCCGCCACCAUGGUGGACGAGUCGGUAGGAUUGUCGCUAAACAAUAUACAGCUGCUUAUUCAGCACUGCCUACCGAUGAAGGAAGUAUUCGUCAAAACAUUGUUAGAUAUGCUGAUCAAAACAUUGCCCGGGGUCUUCACGGAGGUCGGUGUGCAAGAGCAACUGCAGAAAGUGCUCGAAUGCAAUGAAACGAUCCGCUGCCGGGUGUAUGAGGUAGUCUGCACCAUCCUCGAGAAACGACCGGACUUGCUCAGCGCGGCUGAUCCCACCCUAAAACGUGCAUUGGCAGAUUUGGACACGGAUGACGUUCUGCUGCAGACCAGUGUGCUUCCCAUUCUCACGCAGCUGCUGGCCACACAGGAAGGGUUCGCCUAUGUCGAGUCGGUGGAUCUGUUUCGGAAGGUAUACGUAAACUUCGUUACCGUCGAAGUCAACCCGUACGUCCGUUUCGUGCUGCCCAAUGCAUUGAAGUUUUAUGCAAACGCAGCCUUGGUGCAACCGGCAUUGUUUCUUUCGCGUUAUCCCGAAGCACUCGACUUUAUCUUCGACAAGGCGGCCACUGGAGAUCCGAUGCUGAUGGCGGUUGCUUACGAGUGCUUGGGCAUUGUGGGUAAAACGAAUGAAGGAAAAAUAUUUCUGAGCGAACAUCAGAGACAUAAAAUGGACGCCGUUUUGAAGGAGUUGCCGAACAUUUUGCAUACCACCACGGAAGCGUUCAAAGUUCGUUUUAUUGACUGUCUCAUAAAUCUGUUCUCCGUGGAAAGUGAACCAAUCGAUAAUCGGAUCUCAAGCAUCACCCAAAAAUGGUACGAAACCAUGACGGAGCGCGAGGACUUGGAAAUGGUACAGGAGCUGUUCAAGGUUCCCUUCCCGGACAUAAAGAUGGCCGCGCUGAGACUGUUGUCUGUCAUCGUGGACUAUCGUUGGGGUCAGCUUUUCUUCCAGAAUACGGCCUGUUUCGGGGAGAUACUGCUGAAUCGUUCGUUGGACGUCGACGUGAAUGUGACGCAGUACAAGUACGAUGUGAUAAAGAAGCUUUCGGAGUCGACCACGCUGGACAGCUUCGUGUGCGAUACAUUGAAACGGUAUGUGUCGGAGGGCGCUUUCUAUCGCAAAGCGAACGUUGAGGUGGUCAUCGAAGGCGGGCAGUGAGAGGCGUUUUCAUUUAAUAUUCUUUAUUUAAUUUUCCAACUGUAUGGAAUUGGAUAUGUUUUGAAGGAAAUAAACUUUAAUAUAAGUUCUACG